AUGGAAUGGGAAAACCAAACCAUUCUGGUGGAAUUUUUUCUGAAGGGACUUUCUGGUCACCCAAGGCUUGAGUUACUCUUUUUUGUGCUAAUCUUCAUCAUAUAUGUGGUCAUCCUUCUGGGGAAUGGUACUCUCAUUUUAAUCAGCAUCUUAGACCCUCACCUUCACACCCCUAUGUACUUCUUUCUGGGGAACCUCUCCUUCUUGGACAUCUGCUACACCACCACCUCUAUUCCCUCCACGCUGGUGAGCUUCCUUUCAGAAAGAAAGACCAUUUCCUUUUCUGGCUGUGCAGUGCAGAUGUUCCUUGGCUUGGCCAUGGGGACAACAGAGUGUGUGCUCCUAGGCAUGAUGGCCUUUGACCGCUAUGUGGCUAUCUGCAACCCUCUGAGAUAUCCCAUCAUCAUGAGCAAGGAUGCCUAUGUACCCAUGGCUGUUGGGUCCUGGUUUGCAGGGAUUGUCAACUCUGCAGUACAAACUACAUUUGUAGUACAAUUGCCUUUCUGCAGGAAUAAUGUCAUCAAUCAUUUCUCCUGUGAAAUUCUAGCUGUCAUGAAGAUGGCCUGUGCUGACAUCUCAGGCAAUGAGUUCCUCAUGCUUGUGGCCACAAUAUUGUUCACAUUGAUGCCACUGCUCUUGAUAGUUAUCUCUUACUCAUUAAUCAUUUCCAGCAUCCUCAAGAUUCACUCCUCUGAGGGGAGAAGCAAAGCGUUCUCUACUUGCUCAGCCCAUCUGACUGUGGUAAUAAUAUUCUAUGGGACCAUCCUCUUCAUGUAUAUGAAGCCCAAGUCUAAAGAGACACUUAAUUCAGAUGACUUGGAUGUUACCAACAAAAUUAUAUCCAUGUUCUAUGGGGUGAUGACUCCCAUGAUGAAUCCUUUAAUCUACAGUCUUAGAAACAAGGAUGUGAAAGAGGCAGUAAAACACCUACUGAACAGAAGGUUCUUUAGCAAGUGA